UGGGUGCAGGAAUCUCGCGAGUUGUUCGCGCUGAUGAACGUGAUAUUGGCGUUGAUUCACCCAGGACAAUACGAAGCAGGAAGGAAAGGCCUCCGCCUUUGCAAGAAUUUUCACGCAACUGUCUCAUCCGCGCGGGCGUGGGAGUCAGUGUUCACGGCGGUUGGAAUAAUCUCCAACAGGGUAACGGUACCUCACAAGGAUAUUGGCGGAUAUUUGCCAUGGUACGACCUCCUAUUCACGUGUGGCGACUAUGAUGGAGGCGUGUUUGAUAUCCCUGGACUGGGGCUGGAGUUUUCAUAUCCGCCGGGUGCAGUGGUUGCAAUUUGUGGCAAGUUUAUCCGCCAUCACGUCCCUAUGGUGCGGGGUAAUAGGGUGUGCUGCGCAUUCUACAUGAGAAAGAACGUGCAGACAUGGGCUGACUCUGGAGUGCCACAUUGGUCGAUGGAAUGA